CUUUUGAAAGUCAUUUAUGACAGCACAGUAAUAGUUUCUAUAGAGAUUCUCACCCUGCAUGGUGAGCCGGUUACUGAUCCCCUAACUUUGACUUCGAAGGUGGAGCCGGCCUCCUUAUGGUUCCCGCUGCUUGAUGAUGAGUGCGAUCCUGCAACAACUGCGACAACAUGCAAAGAAAGCAAGUGCUGCCAUUCGCAGAGGCAGAAAAUCAGAGGGUAAAAAGCCAUGCCGGAAAAGUCUCUUCCCGUUCUCAUUGUCAUCGAGCUCGGUUAUCGAGAAAACCGACAUAGUACCAACCUCCUCGCCCUGGGAUCUCCUGCCUGUGGAAAUCCAAAUCAAGAUUUUCGCUCAAUGUGGUAUCAAAGACCUGCUGCAGCUCAAACUUGUUUGCAAGGCCUUUUGUCAAGUCCUCACAUUUCAUGAACAACUGAUCGCGCGCCAAUACCUCCGGCAGGCCCGUCAUGGAACGCUACCAUCUCCCAUCGACAGUGAGAGAGAAUAUACUCGAAAUCCCGAAGACGAUGUAGUGCUUCUGUCCGACCUUUUCCCUCCCGCCAAAAGUGCCAAGGGCGGUCACUUAUACACUUUCCGGUAUAUGCAUAGCUUGCGACGACGGGCAAAGCUGUGUUCUAAGCUUUGCUACUACCUCGCAGACCGCGUCAUGGAUCGAUUCGUCCACUGCGAGUCAGCUUUCGUUAAGGCGAUGUUUCCAUCCAGAAAUGAGCGCAAUGAGUUCCUGAAACGGGGGAAGUCCAGUCUAUGGUUCAACCUCAUACCACUUAUGUACUACACGCUAUACUUCCUGGAGGCUUACAGUCUUGCCCGUCGUGAGUUAAAAAAUGCACUUUUGCAAGACAUGGAAGCCGGACGAUUGCCCGUUCCUAUACCCCCGGAUGUCCGUAAAUCCAUGUACCGAGAUUUGCAGAUCGGAAUUCUUCGAUCGGCCCCAUUCACCAAUACUUCGACUCUGAUCUGUACGCACCAUUGUAUGCAGCUGCUCGUUUCGUACCUACGACAUACUGUGCCACCCGAGGAGCCCGUGGCGGAUGACAGCUGGAUCGGCUCGCUGCUUACUGCGUCACCGUUUCUUCGAAUAGUGGAAUACUUCUCCGCAGAGAUAGGUGACGGUGGCAGUCAGCGAGUGCAACGAAAGGAUUUCAUGCGUAACUUUCAUAAUGAUUUGAUGCUGAAUGAGAAAGACGAUAUCAACUCGGUGGUGUUCGAGAGCACAUUGGUAUCGCAUCUACAUUCAUCGGUGCAGGAUGUUUGGUUCGAUGUUGCUAGAGAGGAAUUGGCCUCACGGAGAGCUUUCCCCCAUGACGCAGAGAAUAUCUGGGUCUGGAAAGGUGUUCCCGUGGCACUAGACAAAGACAUUCAGAAGUUCGUGAUGGCACAUUCUGACCUACAGCAGCUUUGGAAUACCUCAUGGACACUGCACCGUCUUUCUCCCCUGCACCAUGGGAAAGAAUUCCAGUCCCUUCUUGGCAGUCAGGCCGCCCUGAGAACUUAUGCUAGCAGACUGAGGGUUCACCUUGCAGGGGAUCUAUUUUCUACUGCUCAGACUCCAUUAAGUGCAGCUGGCGCUGUCGAUGACGAUGUCUUCUCCAGAACUGGACCUCUGAAAGACUGCGUCUGGGAAACGUUAUCGGCACCCUCAACACAAGCUACCUCGGAGAAACUCUCUGGGAUACUGGUCACUCUAGAGUAUGAAAACAUCACCUAUAAAGCUGCUCUCCUCGCAGCACCAGAUGGCCGUCGUACCUCGGCAAGGCGACAACAGUCCACUCAGCUCCCGCUACUACUGACGCGGUUCCCAAAUCCGCUGCGGCAGACCUUCAUCUCUUUUUUGUCUGCUAAUUUUGACACUUACUGCUCUGUUCUUCGCCUACCCUCGACUUUCAUGUGUACGGUCCUAGAGAUGUACAUCGAUAUGUUGAUAGCAGGAGACCAUGACGGCCCCUCCGACUCUUAUCGGAUGUUCGAAGAUACCAUCAAGGAGACGCAGCUCACAUUGUCCUUUGCGCCGCCCGUUGCGCCGGCUCUGAGAUCUCUCAACAUCAAUCUUCCUCGUGGCUCCUUCACGGAGUUCGUGCGCGGAAGUAAUUCAAACAGCGAGUUGACUCGCCAGAAGAAUUCCGUCUUAUCAGGCCUAUCCACCUAUUUAGAGAAGCACUUGGCGAUGAAGCUGAACCUGGGAGAUCUGGCGAGCGGUCACCAUCCGGUCAAUCAACCGGUGCGUCUGACUAAAAUUGCGUGUGGCAGCUUCGUUCUCGGCGGCGAUGGUAAAAUGAAACUGGUCGGGCCGUCGGGGCAAGCUGGCUCCAGAUCUGAAGAUGGUGCUACUGCAGCUCGUGAGAGCAAAGACAGUCUGCUAUUGCGGGCGACCGAGGCAUUGCUUCAAGCUGUUAUACGUCGAGCUGCUAUGAGCGGCGAUGAGCAGACGUGA